AUGUCCAAGGCGAAGGCUGCACCCCCUCCUGGGUGCACUCUGAACAGCAACGAUCCUCAGGUCCAGGAGGCCGCUAUCCGAAUCCAAGCUUCGUAAUGCAGCCACAGGUCGCGUAUAGAGCUUCGGGAGAAAGGCCCUCCAAAGAUCUUGCAGGAGCUCAAAGAUGUGGUUCUUGUUGAGGGCAGCGCCGCAAAGCUGGAUUGAGUCAGCGCUUUCCCAGGCCCUUUCAUCGUCUGGUGCAAGGACGGCAAAGAGCUGAAGGACGGUCCCAAGUACCGCUAUGUUUUUGAAGACCUGGAUUUUGUGGCGCUCGUGGUUCGAGAUGGGGUUCUGGCUGAUCUGGGAAAAUACACGGAAAAGUUCGACAGAGAUCCAUUCGGACAGACGUACGGAUCUGCCUGUAUUCUAGUGGAAGUUCCUGUUAAGGUUGCUAAAGGCCCAGACAACAUAAAGGCCAAGAGAGGGACAAUAGUGGUGCUUAAGGCUGAAAUACGCGGGGAGCCUCCUCCAGAUGUUGCCUGGCUCAAAGAUGGAGACGACAUUGAAGAAGAUGACAGGGUGUUCUUCGACAUUGGAGACACCAACACGUUCUUGACCAUCAAAAAUGCUGCAUUAUAUCGCAAAGAACAUGGAACACAAUGCUGUGUUCCAAGCUCUAAAUCCUAG